CAGUGUGUUCCCUCUGUGUGUGUGUGUGUGUGUGUGUGUUCUCUCUCAGUCUCGAGCCCGAAUAACGGACAUUACCGUUAGAGCGCGCGCUGCCCCGGGAGCGCGUCGGAGUGUGUGUGUGUGUGUGUGUGUGUUCUCUCCCCGCAGCAGCUCAGUUAGAGGACAGACAUGUCGGUGGCAGGACUGAAGAAGCAGUUCCACAAAGCGACGCAGAAAGUGAGUGAGAAGGUCGGGGGGGCAGAAGGCACCAAGCUUGAUGAUGACUUUAAGGAAAUGGAGAAGAAGGUGGACACUACAAGCAGAGCGGUGCUGGACAUCAUGACCAAAACUACAGAAUAUCUACAACCAAACCCAGCCUCCAGAGCGAGGUUGAGUAUGAUCAACACCAUGUCUAAGAUCCGCGGGCAGGAGAAAGGGCCGGGAUACCCGCAGGCCGAGAGCGUGCUCGCUGACGCCAUGCAGAAAUUCGGCCGAGAACUCGGAGAGGAAUCCAGCUUCGGUCUGGCUCUGAUAGAUGCAGGCGAGGCGAUGCGUGAGCUCGGAGAGGUGAAGGACGCUCUGGACAUGGAGGUCAAACAGAACUUUAUUGACCCCCUGCAGAAUCUACAUGACAAAGAUAUCAAAGAGAUACAGCACCACCUAAAGAAGAUGGAGGGCCGGCGUCUGGACUUUGACUAUAAGAAGAAACGUCAGGGCAAAGUGAUGGAGGACGAGAUCAAACAGGCGCUGGAGAAGUUCGACGAGUCAAAGGAGAUCGCCGAGCAGAGCAUGUUCAACCUGCUGGAGAGUGAUAUAGAGCAGGUGAGCCAGUUGGCUGCACUGGUAAAAGCUCAGCUGGAGUACCACAGACAGGCCACUGAUAUCCUCCAGCAGCUCUCCAGACAGAUGGAGGAGAGAAUAAAGGAGGCCUCCAGUAAGCCAAGGAAAGAAUACAUUCCUAAACCACGCAUGGAGCUUCAGCUGCCCACUGAAAGUCACAAUGGAGGAAUACACACCGCUAAAUCACCUGCUCGCUCCCCAGCUCCUCUCGAUCAGCCGUGUUGUCGCGCUCUGUACGACUUCGAGCCAGAGAACGAGGGAGAGCUGGGAUUUAAGGAAGGUGACAUCAUCACGCUCACCAAUCAGAUCGAUGAUAACUGGUACGAGGGGAUGAUCCACGGCCAGUCGGGGUUCUUCCCCAUCAACUACGUCGACAUCCUAGUUCCUCUUCCUCAUUAGGCCCCGCCCCUUGUUGUGCUCUCCCCCACUUCACCACCAUUUCUGAUGAUGAUGAUGAUGAUGAUGAUGAAGGGGUUACAGUAAAUAAUUACGUACACACUCUGAAGUGUUUGUGUGCCCAUGGUGUGUUGCGUUUUGAGCCAGCUCAGGUGUGUGUGUGUGUGUGUGUUUGUGUGCGUGCGUGUGUGUGUACGGGCUUUACUUCCACUGUUGCGUGUUUAUUUAUUUAGUUUCCUGACCUGUGUGAACGUUCCGGUUAUCGCUUGCAUCAUUUCUAUCGCAAUAUUCCAAUGUUAAUAAGUACCUUGUUAUAUUUACGCCUCACUUCUGCUGUGACGAUCAGGUUCCAAACGUCUUCACUUUACACUCUGUUUUAUAUCCAUCAGAAUAUCAGCACAGGGGACGUGGAGAACUCAUUGGUGUUCCAGUGUUCUGUAGAGCCGAGUGUGUCAGGCACGUCCGGGUUAGAAGCACUGCUUGGUGUUUAAAGUGUUAAAGGUUGAAUGUUUAAAGAUGGGAGUUGUUGUGUGGUUCUCUGUUCGGGUUCUCCUGAGUCUGAAUGCGGAGUGUGUGAGACUCGUACACCCGUCACAGAUAAGAGCUCCAGUCCUGCAGGUGUCGCUGCUGAGAUGUCAUAACACAUUCCACGUCUACAGAAAGAAGAUCCACAAGGUCACAAAAGACUCGGCCCAGACCCAGCUAAUCACAGGCUGGCUCGUUCCUUUAUCUCUGCACACACACACACACACACACACGGCGUGUUUUCUCCGUAGCGAUGGUGUGUUGUUGCUGAGCCGUGUCCCUGUGUGUGACGUAUGCUCAGAUUUCCUGUUUGAGGGCGGGGCUUCAUUCCUCAUUCAUUCCUUCCCCUGGCUUGGAGUCGAAGCCUCUGUCGAACCGCUAGCGUAGACUGAAAGCUCUGAAGCGUGCAGCAUGUGGAGGCGUUCGGGACCCGCCCCUUUUUAUGGGCCGAUGUUUUCCCUCUUUCGCACGACUUCCUCAUAUAGUGCGAAUAAGAAUCAGUGAUGAGAACACACCAGGUCCUGCUGCUUUGUGUCUUUUGCACUCUUUAUCUGUGUGUGUGUGUUCCAGUGUGAGCGAUCACUCUGGCGCUGAUUACUGCAUUUAUUUAUUCGUUUGUUUAUUUAUUGAACUGUUCUGUAGUUUUAGUUCAUGUGGAAGCUACAUUCCAACGUAUACACAACCUGUGUGUGUGUGUGUGUGAGUGUGUGUGUGCGUGUGCACAUGCGCUAUCCUGUACAGUGUUACUCAGAGGAAGUGGAUCUCUGCCCCUCUCUGAUUGGUGGAUUCGGUGUUUCUGUUUCCUGUAAAAUUCAAUUUUAAUAAGGUGUUUAAAGUGACGCUGUUCGAGUCUAUACUGAGGAUUUUUCCUUUUUUUUCCUGCCUUAAAAGUGAGUUUGUGUAAAUGUGUGUGUGUGUGUGUGUGUGUGUGUGUUUCUCUCUUAUGUUACAUGCCUGAAUAUUUUCUUUCACAUUAUUUAGCGUUAGCAUGUUGUUUGCGUGACUGAUGUAUUCACACUCAACGCGCACUACGUCAUUCUCAGCGGCGUGUGGGCGUGUCUUAGUGAUGGGCGGGUCUUUAGCUUGUAGCUAAACACCAGCGUUAGCUAUUGUAAGUUUUUUGCUAUUUCCCUCACAAACACACACACAUGCUGUUUUAAGGUGUGUUUGGUUUAGCUGUUAGCAUGCUCAGAAUUAGCAUUAAAGCUCGCUAAUGGCUUUUGUUUCACUUAAUCACGCCCACAAAAUAAAACACAAUGUGAUCCACUGCUUUAUCACCGAAUGCUGAACAAACAUCCCGAUCAAAAGUUUAUCCACUUGUCCUCGCUAACUCUGCUGCUCAAUCGCUCCAGCUAGACAAGUUUAUACAUAAUUAAUGAAUAUUAAUCAUUAUUAAUAUUAAUGAUAAUGAUAUUACAGCAAUAACUGUCCCAGUGUGAGACGCUGAGCCCUGCAUCACUACACCACCUCCUUCACUCUGUGUGUGUGUGUGUGUGUGUGUUUGUGUGUGUAUUGUGGCAUGUUUUUGUGUUAAACAGAACCUGAAGGUGGAUUAAUUGAUUUAAAUUAAACGUCAGUGUGAUGCAUAUAUUUAUCUUCUGUAUGGA